CAUUUCAUUUACCUCUGCGCUCUCCGCCAAAUUAAACACAACUUGAACGCUAAAUUCACCUCUAAAAUUCGCAGGUAUUUUUCCCCAUGUGAACCACUAAAAUCUCUAAAAUUCGUGUUAAAGAAAAGGAGAAAAAAAAUCAUGACAUCUGUAUUCUGCAGAGAUUUCGAGUUGCAAUCCGCCUUGAAAAUUUCGUGAAUACUAAUGGAGGAUACAUGGGACUUCCACCCAUUAGAUUGAUCGUCUUGAUGGAGUUUAUUUCGGAUUUUGAGUUGGUAUUGUUAAGAUUUUGCAAUUUCAGGAGCAGACUGCUCUACUGCUUCUUUCAGCAGAUCUCGUUCGCUCGCUGACCAGGACACGAUUCUGAAUUUCUAGGGUUUUCUUAUUUGAUUGGAGAACAAGGAUUUUAAUGCUUUCUUCCGUUGAUCCUGCUCUUUUUCGGAUGAUGAUCUGUUUUUGUUAAUCAAUGUAAUUUUCGCUUGGUUCGUUUACUUACUUUUCUUUCACACCCAAGGUUUGAAUCUAGAACUGCUUAAUCUAGUCUUAUUUUCCGUGAUGGUGUCUGGGAAUGAUCCUGUAGAUUCCUUCUUUAAUUCCUUUAACUCGAUUAAAGAAGCUCUGUCACCACUUGAAUCCGGUAUUCGACGUACCGCGAAAGAUUUGGAGUCGUGUUUGGCGGGUCCGAGAACUAGGCUUAAUAAUCUCGAACCGUUACGUCAAUUGCAUGUUUCUGCCGAGAGCAAUGGGACUCAGAGUGGCUCUCCAAAGAAGAAACAGUUUCAGAAUACGGUUUUCGAUGGGAAAAGGAAAAGCUUGUCGACAAGGAUUCCUGUUAAGACGUUCUUGGGAACGUUCUUCCUACAUUCAGGAAGAAAUGGCCGUAAGAUUGAGACGUCGAAGAAAGGGCCUAAAGAGAAAUACUUGGCUAAAGAGGAUUGUUCUUGUUUGAAUUGCUUGCAUUUGGCGGCGACCUGGUCUCAUUUGCUUAACAGUUUCGUCCAAGCGUUUCCAGGUCCAUUCAAAGCUUGGAGGAAGCAUACACAGAAACAGUUUAUCCAAGAAAAUGCAUACUCGGAUUCAUGCACAAAGUUGUCGUCAAAGGUUUCAUUUAAGCUGAAGCAAAAUGAAACUGGGGGACAAUUUGCAGCCCCGUCUCAAAGCAAGUGCUCGAUAUCCAACGAAAGAGAAAAUUUGUCUUUGGAAUUCCUUCUAGAUUUUAUAUUUCAAAAUAUUCAGAAACUCAAUCAAGGUAUCCAAGAAAGCUUCCACGAGAGUUGUGAUCACAUAAAAUCCUAUUCUCCUCCACUCGAUCAUUUCGGGGCAAUAGCAGGUAUAUUGGAAGGAAGAAAAGCUGAUUUUGAUGGCUUUCUGGGAAAUCUGAAGUUUGCAAGGGUAGGAGGUGUGCCUCCCAACCUGGUUGGAGUAUCCUCUUCUGUCAAGGUAGAUGGUGAGGACAAUGCUUCUGCAGAGACUAGGGAAGAAACAGAGAGCAAUUCACCUCAGAAGAUUGCAAAUGGACUGCUAAAUAUUCCAUUAUCUAAUGUUGAACGGUUGCGGUCAACACUAUCUACUGUUUCAUUGGCAGAACUGAUUGAGCUUGUCCCCCAGCUAGGAAGAUCAUCUAAAGACUAUCCUGACAAGAAGAAGCUAUUCUCUGUCCAGGAUUUCUUCAGGUACACAGAGUCUGAAGGAAGGCGUUUUUUUGAGGAACUGGACAGAGAUGGUGAUGGCCAGGUAACACUGGAAGAUCUUGAAAUUGCAAUGAGAAAGAGAAGAUUACCACGGAGAUAUGCUCGGGAGUUUAUGCGCCGAACCAGGAGUCAUAUAUUCUCAAAAUCAUUUGGGUGGAAACAGUUUUUAUCCUUGAUGGAACAGAAGGAACCUACCAUUCUUCGAGCUUAUACCACUCUCUGUUUAAGCAAGUCUGGUACCUUGCAGAAGAGUCAAAUUUUGACGUCUCUUAAAAGUGCAGGACUACCUGCGAAUGAAGACAAUGCUGUUGCCAUGAUGCGUUUUUUAAAUGCUGAUACUGAAGGCUCUAUUUCCUAUGGCCAUUUCCGCAAUUUUAUGCUCCUACUCCCUUCUGAUCGACUUGAAGAUGAUCCUCGGAGUAUAUGGUUUGAAGCUGCUACUGUUGUAGCUGUUGCACCACCAGUGGAAAUACCUGCUGGAAGUGUCCUAAAAUCUGCGUUGGCGGGUGGCCUUGCAUGUGCACUUUCCACUUCACUAAUGCAUCCUAUUGAUACAAUAAAGACUCGAGUGCAAGCAUCGACACUCUCCUUCCCUGAAAUUGUAUCAAUGCUUCCUCAAAUUGGAGUGCAGGGACUGUAUAGGGGUUCCAUCCCAGCAAUUCUUGGUCAAUUUUCAAGCCAUGGAUUACGGACUGGAAUUUUUGAAGCAAGCAAAGUUGUACUAAUAAAUGUUGCGCCAACUCUUCCGGAUAUUCAGGUGCAAUCUAUAUCAUCCUUUUGCAGCACAAUCUUGGGGACAGCAGUGCGGAUCCCUUGCGAGGUAUUGAAGCAGCGCUUACAGGCAGGCAUUUUUGACAAUGUGGGAGAGGCAAUUGUUGGUACCAUGCGUCAAGAUGGCCUAAAAGGUUUCUUUCGUGGAACUGGUGCUACACUUUGUCGUGAGGUUCCGUUCUAUGUUGCUGGAAUGGGGCUCUAUGCUGAGUCUAAAAAGGCUGCCCAGCAACUUCUUGGGCGGGAUCUUGAGCCUUGGGAGACUAUUGUGGUUGGAGCUCUGUCUGGAGGACUUGCUGCUGUUGUCACAACACCAUUUGAUGUGAUGAAGACAAGAAUGAUGACUGCUCCUCAGGGUCUUCCAGUAUCUAUGUCAAUGGUGGCUUUCUCCAUUCUCCGUCAAGAGGGACCCCUUGGCCUAUUCAAAGGAGCAGUCCCUAGGUUCUUCUGGAUUGCACCUUUAGGUGCCAUGAACUUUGCAGGCUAUGAACUGGCAAGGAAGGCAAUGGACAAGAAUGAGGAGCCACCAGGUGAUCAACUUCCCCAAAAGAAGCUUGCCAACUCUGGCUGAAGUUUCUUGACAAAAAGAAACCACUGAGAUUUCCAACAGCUUUACAGUUUGCUUGUAUGAUGACAUGCCUGCUCUGUCAGCAUGGGCUAAGGUUUUACAUCUUUUAUACCACAGCAUCAUGUGCUUCAGUUCCAACUGUUGAUAUCAGUGUUCUAGUUGAGACAUUGUAAUUUGCGAAUAUCUUAUUAUUUGUUUCAAGCAAUUUUGUAAUCCUUUAACAAUGGCUUGUUUAUAUUCUGGGCGCUCAAUGUUGUAUAAUGUAUAUCAAGGCGGCCCAAGUUUCUGACCAAUUCAAGGACGUCAUAUAUAUUCAACAGCUGGGAGAAUUAUUCGGCGACCAAAUGAUGUCCAGAAUCCAGAGUUUUUCACUUUGUACA